UAGACCUGGAUGCAGGCGAGAUAGAUGAUAUCUACCAGAGGAAGACGAGGAGGCGGCCAAGUCACUUCCCGCUCCUGGUCCUUCUUUCGCUUUCCUUUUCUUCUCCCUCAACCCUCCACCCUCCAGUAAAUCAGCCCGCCUUCCCUGACCUCAGUGACCCGGGUGACCCCGCCCACUCUCGUCGACGUGAUUCCCGCCGUGAGGUAAAGCGCCGGUGGAACCCCGAACCCGGCGGAAGAGGAGGACGACGAGAGGGGGAGGCUGCUGGGCCUGGCUAGGGCUCGUCGCUGAGCCGCGGCGAAGGGGGCAUUCGGGUGGUCCUCUCGCUCCUCCAUCAGCUCAUUGCGACGUAGCCUCCCAGGCCUAGGCCUCCUCCUCAUCCCUGCCGGGCCCAGCCUCUGGCAGCAGCGGUGACGCAGAAGGAACAUCAUGUCGUCCGCGGCCGACCCUCCGCCACCCCCGCCUCCCGAGAGCGCGCCUUCCAAGCCCGCAACCUCGGCCGCCGGCAGCGGGAACAACAACAGCAACAAAGGCGGCCCCGAGGGCGUCGCAGCCCAGGCGGCUGCCUCUGCGGCCAGCGCCGGCGCCGGGGACUCCGAGAUGGAGGAAGUAUUUGGUGAUGCGUCUCCUGGAAAGCAAAAAGAAAUCCAAGAACCAGAUCCUACCUAUGAAGAAAAAAUGCAAACUGACCGGGCAAAUAGAUUUGAGUAUUUAUUAAAGCAGACAGAGCUGUUUGCACAUUUCAUUCAGCCUGCUGCUCAGAAGACUCCAACCUCACCUUUGAAGAUGAAACCAGGGCGCCCACGAAUAAAAAAGGAUGAGAAACAGAACUUGCUGUCAGUUGGCGACUAUCGUCACCGAAGAACAGAGCAAGAGGAGGAUGAAGAAUUAUUAACAGAAAGCUCCAAAGCAACCAAUGUUUGCACUCGAUUUGAAGACUCUCCGUCGUAUGUAAAAUGGGGUAAACUGAGAGAUUAUCAGGUCCGAGGAUUAAAUUGGCUCAUUUCUUUGUAUGAGAACGGCAUCAAUGGUAUCCUAGCAGAUGAAAUGGGCCUGGGAAAGACUCUUCAAACAAUUUCUCUUCUUGGGUACAUGAAACACUAUAGAAACAUUCCUGGUCCUCAUAUGGUUUUGGUUCCUAAGUCUACAUUACACAACUGGAUGAGUGAAUUCAAGAGAUGGGUACCAACACUUAGAUCUGUUUGUUUAAUAGGAGAUAAAGAACAAAGAGCUGCUUUUGUCAGAGACGUUUUAUUACCAGGAGAAUGGGAUGUAUGUGUAACAUCUUAUGAAAUGCUUAUUAAAGAGAAGUCUGUUUUCAAGAAAUUUAAUUGGAGGUACUUAGUUAUAGAUGAAGCUCACAGGAUCAAAAAUGAAAAAUCUAAGUUGUCAGAAAUAGUGAGGGAAUUCAAGACUACAAAUCGACUAUUAUUAACUGGAACACCUCUUCAAAACAACUUGCAUGAGCUUUGGUCACUUCUUAAUUUUUUGUUGCCAGAUGUCUUUAAUUCGGCUGAUGACUUUGAUUCCUGGUUUGAUACAAACAAUUGCCUUGGGGAUCAAAAGCUAGUUGAGAGGCUUCAUAUGGUUUUGCGUCCAUUCCUCCUUCGUCGAAUUAAGGCUGAUGUUGAAAAGAGUUUGCCUCCAAAGAAGGAAGUAAAAAUCUACGUGGGUCUCAGCAAAAUGCAAAGGGAAUGGUAUACUCGUAUAUUAAUGAAGGAUAUAGAUAUACUAAACUCUGCAGGGAAGAUGGACAAAAUGAGGCUAUUGAACAUCCUGAUGCAGUUGAGGAAAUGCUGUAAUCACCCAUAUCUCUUUGAUGGAGCUGAACCUGGUCCACCUUACACAACGGACAUGCAUCUAGUUACCAACAGUGGCAAAAUGGUGGUGUUAGACAAACUGCUCCCUAAAUUAAAAGAACAAGGUUCACGAGUACUAAUCUUCAGUCAGAUGACGAGGGUAUUGGAUAUUUUGGAAGAUUAUUGUAUGUGGAGAAAUUAUGAGUACUGUAGAUUGGAUGGGCAGACACCCCAUGAUGAGAGACAAGAGUCCAUCAAUGCAUACAAUGAACCAAACAGCACAAAGUUUGUUUUCAUGUUAAGCACACGUGCUGGUGGUCUUGGCAUCAAUCUUGCUACCGCUGAUGUAGUAAUUUUGUAUGACUCAGAUUGGAAUCCCCAAGUAGAUCUUCAGGCUAUGGAUCGAGCCCAUAGAAUUGGACAAACCAAGACAGUCAGAGUGUUCCGCUUCAUAACGGAUAACACUGUAGAAGAAAGAAUAGUGGAACGUGCUGAGAUGAAACUCAGACUGGAUUCAAUAGUCAUACAACAAGGAAGACUUGUGGAUCAGAAUCUGAACAAAAUUGGGAAAGAUGAAAUGCUUCAAAUGAUAAGGCAUGGGGCAACACAUGUAUUUGCUUCAAAGGAAAGCGAGAUUACUGAUGAGGAUAUUGAUGGUAUUUUGGAAAGAGGUGCAAAGAAGACUGCAGAGAUGAAUGAAAAGCUCUCCAAGAUGGGUGAAAGCUCACUUAGAAACUUUACAAUGGAUACAGAGUCGAGUGUUUAUAACUUUGAAGGAGAAGAUUAUAGAGAAAAACAAAAGAUUGCAUUCACAGAGUGGAUUGAACCACCUAAACGAGAAAGAAAAGCCAACUAUGCUGUUGAUGCCUAUUUCAGGGAAGCUCUUCGUGUCAGUGAACCUAAAGCACCCAAGGCUCCUCGACCUCCAAAACAACCUAAUGUUCAGGAUUUCCAGUUCUUUCCUCCACGUCUAUUUGAAUUAUUGGAAAAAGAAAUUCUAUAUUACAGAAAAACGAUUGGGUACAAGGUGCCUCGAAAUCCUGACCUACCAAAUGCAGCACAGGCACAAAAAGAAGAACAGCUUAAAAUUGAUGAAGCUGAACCCCUUAAUGAUGAAGAGUUAGAGGAAAAAGAGAAGCUUCUAACACAGGGAUUUACCAAUUGGAAUAAGAGAGAUUUUAACCAGUUUAUCAAAGCCAAUGAGAAGUGGGGUCGUGAUGAUAUUGAAAAUAUAGCAAGAGAAGUAGAAGGAAAAACUCCAGAAGAAGUCAUUGAAUACUCAGCUGUGUUCUGGGAAAGAUGCAAUGAGCUGCAAGACAUAGAGAAGAUUAUGGCUCAGAUUGAAAGGGGAGAGGCAAGAAUUCAAAGAAGAAUUAGUAUCAAAAAAGCACUUGACACGAAGAUUGGACGGUACAAAGCACCUUUUCAUCAGCUGAGAAUAUCUUAUGGUACUAACAAAGGAAAAAACUACACUGAAGAAGAGGAUCGUUUUCUGAUCUGUAUGCUUCACAAGCUUGGAUUUGACAAAGAAAAUGUUUAUGAUGAAUUGCGACAGUGUAUUCGCAACUCUCCUCAGUUCAGAUUUGACUGGUUUCUAAAGUCCAGAACUGCAAUGGAGCUCCAGAGGAGGUGUAACACUUUAAUUACCUUGAUUGAAAGAGAAAACAUGGAACUAGAAGAAAAGGAGAAGGCAGAGAAAAAGAAAAGAGGACCAAAACCUUCAACCCAGAAACGUAAAAUAGAUGGAGCACCUGAUGGCCGAGGAAGAAAAAAGAAGCUGAAACUAUGAAUACAUAUUUGUUUCAUAAUCACUAACUUUAAACCAGUAGUUCUUUAAUUUACGGGUCUUCAUAAGAUGUACUGUACAAUGCUCAAUUGUUAUGUCAUUCAAAGACAUCAGGUUCAUCUGUUUACCAAGCUAGAAACAUAGUAUGUAGUUUUUACUUUUUUAAAUGCAACAGCUGUGCUGAAAUUUUUUUAUCAUUAACACUUGAAGUAAUAAAAUAGGCUUCAUUUAUUAA